CAACACAGACUCAGAGGUUUGAUCAUGGAGGCGAUGACUGAGGAAAAGAUUCUCUCUUUCUUCCAGGGCUGCAUCCCCACUGACUUCAGCUCCAGAACCCAGACUCAGGCCGACCGCAUCCUUCGCCUGUAUGCCAAGGUCCGGGAGGAGCUGUUGCAGGAGCUGCAGAAGAUCGAGGGGGCGGAUUUCAAACUGGACACCUGGAAGCGUGCGGAAGGUGGUGGAGGUGUAAUGUCCGUAAUCACAGAGGGGGAAGUGCUGUCAAAAGCAUUCGUGGAUAUUUCCAUAGUAACCGGGAAGGUCCCUAAAGCUGCCGUCAAACAUCUGCAUCAAGCCGCCAAGAUUACCACUGAUGAAACUUUCACAGAAGACUACACUUUCCUGGGCCUCUCCAUUGUCUGCAUUGUUCACGCCAAGAACCCCCAUGUCCCGGCAGGUCACUUAAACCUGCGUGUGGCAGUGAUGAAACUCAAUGAUGGUGCUGAGGUGGGCUGGUGUGGCGGUGUGAUGGACAUCCAUCCUUCCUAUCUGGUGCCAGAAGACGUAACCCAUUUCCACAAGACUCUGAAAGAUAUGUGUGACAAACACGAUGCCAGCUACUACCCACGCUUCAAGAAGUGGUCUGACGAGUACUUCUUCAUCCCACAUCGAGGAGAACGUCGCGGUCUCGGAGGAAUCUUCUUUGAUAAUCUGAUGUCUCAGGAAGAGGGAAACUUCAGCUUCCUGGAAUCCUGCGCCGACGCCUUCCUCCCAGCCUACCUUCCAAUUCUAAAGGCCCACAUGUGUGAUACCUACAGUGACCAGGAGAUGGCAUGGAAGCAACUUCGAAACAGCAGGUACACCGAGUUCAAUCUGAUGUAUGGUGAAGGCAUGAAGUUUGGUCUCAAGCUCUCAGGAUUCCAGACGGAGACCCUGUUUGCCACAGUGCCUCUCACAGCCAUGUGGGGCUACAAGUCGGACCCUGAGCCAGGCAGCAGAGAGGAUGAGCUGGUGCAGGUGCUGCGCUGUCCUCGGGAGUGGGCCUGAAAACAAUCACACUCCUGCUGCCAUGGUUACCUUCACAAUGCCAACCACACAGCUGUGGUGAAAUACCAAAGCGUUAUAGUUAUGGUUAUGGUUACUGUAUUUAGCUGACACUUUAUUUUACUUGGCGAACAGUUUUCACCAAGUCGAACCCAAUUUUCACAUCUAAUUUUACUAUUUACUAUUUUUCUGCUGUAUUUAAUUCAGUCUUUCCUCAAGCCAUCCACAUCCUGAACAACAAACAUGAAACUUUUUAGAUUACCUCGACCUGCAAUACUACACUGACACACACUGCGCUAUUUACCCUGUUCAGACAUCUAUUUUGAUUUCUUUCUUUAUCUUUAUAGUAGUUUGUGUAGUUUCCCACCUAUGCAUGGGAAAGUCGAGCAACAACAACAGAACCUCUAUGUCUGAGACAAAUAAAAAUGUA